CCGGAAGUGAGUGUACAUUGCUCAGGAAAAGUUCCUCCAGACACAUAUCCAGCUGGAGGAGCUUUCAAGAGCAGCCAGAACAAACGCAUUGCCGGGAUUGUAGGAUGCUAACUGAUCUCUCAACUUAACCACACGGCGACCCAAAGGGUGGAGUUAGUUAGCUUUAGGAAGGAAACAGAGGGAAGUGUAACUUGCUGUAUUUCAGGAUUUGUGUAGUUUGACCUGCGGUACCGUUGCUUAGCUCAGAGCACUGACUGACUGACUGACUGGACCGCUCCACGAAACAACACUUUAGUAAGUAAAACAAGAUGGAGGACUCCAAUGGAAGUAAGCCCUUUAUGGUAACUUCUUCCCUGUCUUUCCAAGUCACGACACCUUCUUUCUACAACCAGCCGAAAAAGUUUGCCUCUGUGGCCCCUCCUCGACCCAAAGGACAGUCUCCAACCUUCUCUUCGUCAGUUGCGAGCACAGCUACAAUUGGUCGAGUUGGAGAGAUUCCACCACCACCUUCAUCCAUUAGUGAUGAUUUUCCACCCCCUCCUCCUCCAGUGGACGCAGAACUGCCAGCCCCUCCCCCAGAAUGUCAUCUCACACCCCCUGCAUCUGAGGCCCCUCCCCCUGCAUUCCCUCCCCCUCCCCCAGUUGCAGAAGACUUGCCCCUUCCAGCACCUCCUGAAGACGUGAGCUUCGUCCCCCCAGAUUCUUCUCCUGCUCCUCCUCCUCCUCCUCCCCCUCCCCCUCCCGCACCUCCACUCCCUGAGCCUGGCACCGGUAUCAGUCUUCAGAAAUCGUUGGAGAAGCAGACUAGUUUUGACCAACAGCUGGACUCUCUAACUGAUAUGUUAUCAGAAAUGGAAACAAGAAAACCUUUCAGUCCAAAGGUGUCCAGUCAACUGUCAUCUGUGCCCACCCCAAAGGCACCUGCUCCUCCUCCAACAGCCCCCAAACCCUCCCUGUCUUUCCUGCCCCCACCAGAGUUGCAGGAUCGCCCUCCGCCUGCCCCCUGGGCAGAAGAGCUGCGUGCUCGUACUACACUGAGACAAGGUGGCACAAGCACAGCAUCUGCUCCUGCAUCGGGACCACCACUGGGUAAAGGACCUGCAGCCGCUCCAAAGACCACAUUCACUCCCAGCCAGCCUGCUUCCAGUUUUAGCCCCAAACCUGGAAACGUGAGCGCUGCCGCUCCACGUGGGGUUAAUCUUGCCUCUAAAGUCACCUCUCACAUCUCUUUCCCUCCACCACCUGCUGCACCACCAGGUCCUCCUGCACCUCCAGCAAGUGUCCCUGCCCCUGUCCCAGCUGUCAGUAAUGCCAAAACCUCCCUUUCUGUCAAUCAGGAGAAAACCUCUCCACUGCCAGCUUCUCCACAACCUAAACCAGCACCAUCUCCCACUUCCACAGCAUCACCAUAUGGCAAUGCAGUGGCUAGUCCAGCCCCACCCAAAGCUGCACAGCCAAAAGGCCCUGGAGCAGGUGCACCCCCUACUGGUGUUCCUCUGACAAUGCGAGAAGUUGAAGAGUUGGAAAGGAUGACCAAAGAUUUUAUUAAAGACAUGGACAACCGUGCACCAGUCGUUGCCUCUGCACCUACAGAGGUGUGUGGAAAGUGUGGAGAGGCUCUGUCCAGGUCUCAGCCUGCAGUCAGGGCGAUGGACAAACUUUUCCACUCGCACUGUUUCUGCUGCAUGACUUGCCAGCGCCCCCUGCAGGGAAUGCAGUUCUAUGACCGUGAUGGAACGCCAGAGUGUGAGGAGUGUUAUGUGAACUCUCUGGCAGUUUGUUCUCGCUGUGGGGAGCGGAUCACGGAUCGCGUGCUGAAAGCAGUGGGCAAGUGUUUCCAUGCUCACUGUUUCUGUUGCACUGCCUGUAGCUGCACACUGGAGGGCUCUCCAUUCAUCACUGAUGACAAUAACAACCCCUACUGUGUCACUGAUUACCACCGACGUUUUUCUCCUCUGUGUGUGAGCUGCAAUGAGCCAAUCGUUCCUGACCCUGGCAGUGAGGAAACACUCAGAGUAGUAGCCUUGGAGAAGAAUUUUCACCUUAAGUGCUACCGAUGUGAGGACUGUGCCCGCCCGCUCUCUAUAGAGGCAGAUGCUGAUGGCUGUUAUCCAUUGGAUGGGAUGAUUCUAUGCAUGAAGUGCCACACAAAGCGUGCCAAGCAGACCAUGAAGUGAUUGGUGGAGACUCCUGUCACUCAUUAAAAACCAAACCGAAAAUCAAAGAUUGACUCUGCUUUGAUUCCAGGCAUUUUAUGCAUUGUUUGUGUGUAGCUUUUUUUUUUUCCCUUCCCCUCCUUCUCUUUUGCCACUAUUUGUCAUAGAGCCUUGUUUUUGUCUGUCCUCUUCCAUAGCUUUCAGUAAGACCAGAAUUUAACUACAGCAGCUCUGUUGUGCCUUUUUUUUUUUUUUUUAAAUGCAUGUCCUUUAGAAAGACCUUGUUCACCUUUUCUCCAGGUCCUUUCUCAAACAGCUUCAUCAGUGUUGACUGCAAAAUCACAAGUACACCAGCUCAGCAUGCGGUUGCUUGAAUACAGUGUUUUGAUGUGUUGUGUAAUUUAACAAAUGAAGCUGGGGUUUUUAGGAUGUGAUUUGAGUGCAUAACUGUGACUCUAGUUCAGUGUAACUCUUUGGCUCCUAGCGUGCUUCGCACAGGCAAAACAGCAACUCUCAAAGCUUAGCACGGCCUCCUGAACAAAAACAUCAAGGAUUAAAGGAAAGUCAGUGUUGCUUAUUAAAUAAAUUAACUAGUAUUAAAUAAAUAGGAGCUGUUUGAACUAGUGAGCAACCGAGCAGAAAUAAAAAAUGCUUUUAGAAAAUUUGCUUUCCAAAUAGACCUGCAGCUUAAUAGAUGCAUAUGAAGGCUGGUAGGGAAUUGUGUGUUAUAUAACGGGUUAGUCUAUGAACGCUUUGUUUGUCUUGCAUGCGACAUUUAUACAACAAGACUGCAUGAUUAAUAUAUUUUUUAAAAAGCACAAAAAUUGACCACCACUUACCAAUGUAAUUCUAAGAAUGGAUGGAAAUGCUGCAUAGUAUUCAGUCAAUGACAGCCUGAUGGUUUUCAUCCCAUGGCACAAUCAUGUAUAAAAACAAUCCUACGUGUCUGCCAACUCGUAUAUAAGUAAUGGUUAGAAAUGUUUAACAAUUAGAAUCAAGUGUUGAGAUUUGUUAGUUGGUCAGCUGGUUUUAAAACUGACUGACUUAUCACUCCCUCGCUUACACAUUUACCAGCCACUAUAUAGAGCGUUAUAUAUUGUAGGGAGCAGUAGAAAAAGACAUGCCUGACAGGAUUCGCACAACGUUGUACUUCUGUGUGUGACAAACAGCACAUGACUUACCAUUGCACAAACAUCUUAAUAUUACUGGAACUCCAAGAUUAGGGAAGUAUUUAAAAAAAAACCCCCAAGUGAUUCUCUGUAAACACACCACUCCUAAGUACCUACUGCCUUUAGAGCUUGUUAAGCAACAGUUCUAUAGACAUGAGAUUGUAUGUCGGGUGCUCUGAUCUUCAUACUGAUGAGUAUAAUUGGAGUUGAGAUAAAUAGCUAUGUAUUGUGCAUUUAUAGAGGGUAUUAAUAUAUUAAACUGUCCACAGUACAUUGGUGCACUGAGAACUCAAAAUAGCUGAGCUCAUAUCGUGUAUUGCAUCAGUGGAUCGGAAACAAAUUUGGAUAUUAUUGGAAGAAUGGCUAGACUUUUUUUUUUUUUUGCACAAAUGCUUUAAAGGUUAAGUAUUAGGCUGUAAUGAACAAAUCAAUGGGUCUUUUUCACGAGACGGUUAUGGUACAACACUACCCUGGAAAUGGACUAAAUUCUGAAUGUUUAGCUGAAAUUCUGACACUUGAAGGCUACAUUCCUUAAAUGUACAUUUUACACUCCCUUCCUUCACGUGUACGUGUCCCUACUUGGAAUUGAACAAGAAAGUUCUGCAGUGUUGUACAGGUUGAUUAAAGGUGAACAGUCUCCCACUGUCUGUCUGUACAAUCAUUUAAAUACCCCCACACACACACACACACACACCUUUAAUUUCUAAUGUAUUCAAUGAUUUUUUUUGUGUGUGUGUACACUCACAUUUUCUCCCUCAUGUUUUGUCAUGUCAUUGUCACCAUGAUACUGCUGUUUACAGUAUGUGAUGGACAUCCAUUAUAGUGCCACUUGAUUUUGUUUUUUCUCUUUUUUUUUUUUUAAAUUCAUUUAUUACAUAUACAUACAUGCUUUUUCAGUUAAAUUCCUUUGCAAUAUGUGAAUGUGUGUAUGUUUACGGUCUGAGUUUUGUUUUUUUUUUGCAAUCAAGCUCUCAUUUGUACUGUAUUAUAAAAUAAAAUAAAAACCUCUGACA